AGCCGUUUUCAAGUGCCGAACGUGUGACAGCCAUCGUGCCCCGCACAUUGAACUUUAUCGUGAUGCAGUUCCGCUCUUGGUUGGUCGGUGCGUUAAGUUUCUUCUUCCUCUCCGGUGUCCUCCAGGGAUGUCGUCAGGAAAGCACGACCGACGAUCAUGAUGACCACGGUGAUCACGAGGGCCACACCCACACGGAUACAGUGACCAUGACCAUGACGACCACUGUGGCUCCGUGAGUGGCGCCGAACGGCGGGCGAACAAGAACUGGCAUGACCAACUGAACUGUGGGGGUCUUACAGUACCCUCUGGUAAAUUAACAUAGACCCUGGCAGAUAGGG